AUGAAGCAGUCGAGAAGCCCAAUGUCUCCAGACCGGUUCAUUCCCCAACGAGAAUUCACAAACCCUCCUUCAACAUCGUUUCAGGUGUCUAAACAUCCUCGCGAACUAUCACCUGACGAAAAGCUUCUACGACGACGCUCGAAACGGGUGGAUCCAUUUCGACCCGCUCGCAGAAUGAGGCCCAUAAGCCCGAGACGAGGCCCUCAACACGUACGCAGCCCUCACUACAGUCCCCAUCUGGUCAAUGACUCGGUUAUCGCGGGUUCAAUUAAUAUGCAAAGGACCAGGAGUGCUGGUAGACAAGUGAGCUUUGGGGCUGUUUGGAACGUUGGGGGCAGAUCAGCAGCGCAAGGUAACCAGCCAUCUGUGGCAGUACCUGAUGGUAAUGGUGGCCUUUUAAACAGUGGAACGACUGCUCCUAUGCAUAUUGCCGAGUUCUUCUCGCAGCCUACAUUACCCGAGGCGCCUGAGAGACACGAGUCUCGUCUAGCGGUUGCGCUUGAGAUCGACCCUGCAUCACGACUACUCAACACAUGCAACUUGAGCCCGCCAUCCGAGGCCACAUCAAGCCCAUCCUCCCUUGGCCAUGACCGAUUUUCUCCUUCUGUUUGGAAAGAUGGUGCUUGGAUAAGAACAGAUGGAGAUCAGGGAUCAAAGGCAGCAACCAGAGAUCACAAUGAGAAAGCCGUACCGACUCAGCCUUUCCGGAUAUUGGAUGCUCCCCAUCUUCGCGAUGAUUUUUAUUGCUCGCUCUUGGCAUAUUCAGCCACCACAGGAUACCUAGCAGUCGGCCUUGGUCAUCGCGUUUUUCUCUGGAACGAAGCUUUGAGACUGCUGCAUCCACCACUCCAAGAACAACGCCCCUCAAAUUAUGUGACAUCUCUGUCCUUUUCCUCCGAAGAUGGUGAGAAAAGCAUAUUGGCUGUUGGUAGACGAGAACGCACGUUGACCUUGUGGAGUCCGUUCGAUACUACCAACGUGCGAUUUGAGAUUGAUCAACCGGACCCAAUUACGUGUGUAUCAUUCAAACCGACCCAUUCGCGCCGAUAUUCUCAGAAAUUCGACUUCGAGGUGGACGUCGAGGACCUCGUUGUUGGUGACGAAUGCGGUAAUGUCUGGUACUACUCGGUGGAAUGGCCAGAUAACAGCGUACGGGACAGAUACUACUGGAACGGAGCCCUGACCUUGCUUGCUAAAAUAUCUGCCCACACUCAGUCGAUCUGUGGCCUUGCCUGGUCUCCCGACGACAUUUAUCUUGCGACUGGUGGAAAUGACAACUCCUGUUUGCUCUUUGACCUCCGCGAGAUUAUCCCGUCGCAGGAACCUCAGGAAGUCCGAUGUGAAUCACGGUCUUCCUGCCAUUCCCAGCAUUCUGCUACGACGCGAUGCCAGAGCGCUGUAUCUUGCCACAGUUCGCAGACCACUGUGCAACAUGCAUUCAGCGGACGGCGCCUCAUCAGUCAUUUAAUCCCCUCUUGGAUUCAAUCUCGAUUCAGUCCCUUGGCGCCACCCAUUCUUAAUUAUACCAGUAAUGUGAUCUCUGGAGAUCAAAUGGCUUUUGUGCCACUCAACAGACACAAACAUCGAUUAUUCCAUUCUGCAGCAGUAAAGGCCAUCGCAUUUGCUCCCUGGCAACCGUCUCUUGUCGCGACGGGAGGCGGUACGAAUGAUCGAACAAUCCGUUUCUUUCACACGCCGUCUGGGUCCUGUUUGGCCACGAUCGAUGUCCACUCUCAAGUGACCAGUCUAAUCUGGAGCAACACCCACCGAGAGAUUGUUGCGACAUUUGGGUUUGCACGACCCGAGCAUCCAAUUCGGAUUGCUGUCUUUGCGUGGCCCAGUUGUGAGCAAAUUGCUGCAAUACCAUGGGGUCCUGGUGGGACUAGUUGGGACGGCGUGACGAACAAUGAAUUUGUUGAGUGCGGACGGGCCCUCUAUGCAAUUCGUUACCCCGGGUGUCCGCGUUACUUAACACCGGAGGAAAGAGAAAGGUGCUCGCUCGACACUUCGAGACCAAGUACUCCGAACGUGAUGAGCCGAGAUGGGUCGACCGUGCUUUGUCCACGUCUCAGAACACCAGUAGAACCGAAGGCCAAGGAGGGAGGGUUGUGGUGUUCACGCACGUUGGAGGAGGGCUGCAUUAUCGUCGCAUCUACCGAUAGGACGGUUAAAUUCCAUGAGGUAUGGGGUGGAACCGGCAAGACGGCAAAUGAUUCUAGCCCCCUUGGCGGAAGUCCGCUUCUUGAGGAGUUUGAGGGUGUUGAAACGCUUGGAGACGAGGUUAUUCGCUGA